UUUCGUUAGAGCGUUUUCAAUUAUUUCAAUAGCUAACACCUGUAUUUAAAAGUUAAAAUGAAUUCUAAAACAAUAUUCGUUUUAUGUUUAGUACUUUUCUGUUCAAUGCAAGAAUCGUCUGGAAUGAAGCGUGCCAAAAGCUUAACGGCUAAAUUGUUUAAAGGCAAAUCGAGUAAAUACUCUGUGUUAGGUAACGUUAAGGCUGAAACAGGAUCAAUUGAAGAAGAUUCAAAUGAAGGCAGUGGUUCGGGUUCAAACGAACCGUCUGCAGGCGAAAAUAAUGAUGGUUCAACUGAUGCCAGUGGUUCGGGUUCAAACGAAACGAAGAAUAAUUGUACCGUACAGUCAUACUGGAAUUUAUGUAAGAGGAUGUUAAGUAUAACCGUAGACCGAGAAAAUCCCCAAGCUGGAAGACUUACCCGAGAACAGUUUAACAAUAUUACAGGUUUACAAUGCCGUGGCAGUUGGUAUGAUGAAAAUGGCAUUGCAUUCGGAGAGUUUGAAGAGCUAGUGGAAGGUAUGGACUUGGGCCAAUUGUUUUUAAACACUCAGCACAGAUUUGGCGGAUAAAAUUGUUCAAUAUACAAUUAAAUAUAAUACAAUUUAAUAU